AUGCAGUUCGCCCUUUUCUUGUCCUGGUGCUGCUGCCUGCAUGGAUGUGCGCUAGGGACUGGCUUCCUCUAUCAAUUCCCGGCAUCAACCCUACAGCACAACUACCCAGAGCAGAGCUCAGGCUCGCCGGGCAGCGGCUUCGCCAGUCGCCGGCACUGGUGUCACUACACGGUCACACGGACAGUUUCUUGCCAAGUGCAGAAUGGGUCAGAAACGGUGAUCCAGCGAGUUUAUCAGAGCUGCCGGUGGCCUGGACCUUGUGCCAACUUAGUGAGUUACAGGACUCUCAUCAGGCCCACGUACAAAAUGUCCUACCGAACUGUGACCACGCUGGAGUGGAGGUGCUGUCCUGGCUUCACUGGGAGCAACUGUGAAGAGGAAUGCAUGAACUGCACGAGACUGGCAGAUAUGACCGAGAGGCUGAACACGCUUGAGGCCAAGAUCCUUCUGCUGCAGGCUGCCGAGCGCAGCCCCCCGUUGGAGAACAACCUGCCGAUCACGGGGACGACGGCCACGUGGUACGAUGACCUGCUGCCAGAUGCCUUUCCCCUGCUGAACCCUGGGACUGUCCUGAGAAAACCAGUGGGAUCUGUUGGUCCUCCAGGCCCAGUUGGACCAACUGGUCUUCCAGGACCACCAGGACCAAAAGGAGAGAAGGGACAACCCGGUGAGAGAGGCCCAGCAGGGCCACCAGGGCUGUUGGGACCUCAAGGACCAAGAGGACUUCCAGGAGAAACUGGAAUCCCAGGCCCCCCAGGUCCUCCAGGGCCACCAGCCACCCCGAGCCUCCCUCUUACCUUCCAACAAGGGGUUCUCUACUCACUCCAGCCCACAGCAGAAAAAGAAAAUGGAGAACCCCAGCUGGCCUCCACUGUCAUAGACACCAUCAUGGCUGGCCUGCCAGGACCACGGGGAGCACCGGGCCCUGUGGGGCCACCAGGACCCAAAGGGCCACCAGGACCUAUCGGAGUCCCUGGAUCACAAGGCUUACCAGGCUCUCCAGGACAGCCCGGGCCAAAAGGUUCCAAAGGAGACCGAGGAGAGAGAGGGCAAGCAGGUCUGACUGGAGAGAGGGGCAUGAAGGGAUUUCCUGGUGAACCAGGCAAGAAGGGUGAGGAAGGUGACAAAGGUGCUGAUGGGGAAGGUGUUCAACAACUUCGAGAAGCUCUGAAGAUUUUAGCUGAGAGGGUAUUAAUUCUUGAGCACAUGAUAGGAAUUCAUGACUCUUUGUCUUCCAUUGAGCCAGGCUCUGGACAGGAUGUGAUCCCGGGCUCCCCGCUGCGAACCAGCAUCAAGAUCAAACGUGGAGGACCACAGCAGCCCCAGGCCUACCAGAUCCUCUCUUCACUGCUGGACGACAGUGAAGCCAGAAGGAGAAGCAAUCGGAUGAAGUGAAGAUUCCACUUCCAGAGGCCAUUAAAGCAUGUCCUACAAGGAUUUCUUUGAAGCAAAGAGCAAACUGCAAAAUUCAAACAUUUAAAACUGUUACUCUGAAAAUUCAGGUAACUCAUUGGGCUUUAGCAUCAAAAUCUGGGCUCUUCAUGUUGCUAACUGCAUGUGAGUGGGAUUAUUUCUGUUUGUGGUUGGCUAAGCAAGGACUUUUGAUGCAAAUGUUCCCAGCACCAUUGGCUUUCUAUCUAUCUAUCUAUCUUCAGUGAGAUUAGACUGUUUCUGGGAAAAUACAGAGCAGUUCGUAUGAGAUAGGAUGGAAUCGUGCAAGAAUUUUCCCAUAUUGUGUUCAGCUUGUGCAUACAUCUAGAGACAAUUCAUUUAUGUAGUAGCAAUAACUAUUCACAGGAAAGGAUAUUUUUCAAUACUUUCUUAAUCCUACAUGAAUAAGGGAAAAUAUUUUCACACUGUUUUGUUUUUAUCUUGUGAGUAAAUCCUUGCCAUUUGACUCUGGAGGCAGUGUAGUAGCAAACCACAGCCUAAGGAGUUAGAGUCUUGUCAAGAGCUUAUCUUGCACUGGGAGUGAAAUACAAAAUCAUUUUACUUAUUGCAAUAUUUUUUUAUUUUGGGUGAAGUUCCAACUUCCAGAGUUAAGGGGUUGAACCUGCCCUUCAGUGACAACUGAAUCACUGCACCUGCUGUGCAGACCAAAGCAGACAAGUGGAUGUCAUUCAUGUAGACAGGGAUUUCUGUUAGAAAGGGGGAGAUCAACAGACUGUUGAUUCUAAUGUGUUUUGUUUUGUUUUUUAAUUCCCACGCCUCCUGUUCUGACAGUUUUUUAAUUAAUCCCAGGAUGAAAGUGAGCAAAUUGAGUUUGUGUUGGUCACAUUCUAUCUGGUUCCCAGUGCAAGAUACAGCUAUCUGAAAAUGGCAAACUGUCCUGCUACCAUGUUUCUGUCAAAAGCUGUUGCAAAGACUGACAACUGUAUGUCCACCUGUUCAGCAACCCUUGCCACCCAAAGUGAUCUUCCUAAGGCAAAACCAGAAACAUUUGGUACACUGGAAAGAGGCUUGAAAUGUAGGAGCUCUGCCAGCCCAACAUUAGCUACCCAUUAAAUUAACCUUCCACAUACACUGUAAACCUGGUAGACUUCCAGAGAUACCAGAACAUCCAAAUCCUUGCUCUGAAGAGCAUUAUAUUUUCAGAAAUGAACAGCUACAGGCUACUUCAGGAUGACUGAAUUCCCUGUAUGCCUUCAUUUGGCUCUGCUCUUCAGACAUCCAACCACCCAUCCCUGAACAGGUGAAAUGGUGGCAGUUGAUGCUGACCAAGUACCAGAAACUUGUCCUUGUACAGAAGCUUUUUACUGCUCUACAGCUAAAUAGGAAAGAGCCCUGGUUUAAGCUGGCUGCAGUGAAUGCACUUACUUGCUUUGUUUGGCUAGUGCCAGUGGUGGAGCUUGUCCAGCAGCCAGCCCACACAGGUCAGGUUGUACUUCCCUAUGCUCAUAUUUUCCUUUGGACAUUUCAAAGAAACAAGCCCAAAGUGUUACACAAGUUUGGGAAGUUGAAGGCCAGGUACAAUCAGGCACUCUCUUUCCCUAAGACUCCCACAUCUGAAGUGAAUGCAGAUUUUUGCCAAGAGCUGAUGCUCUGGGCUCCAGCAUUCAUUUGCCUGCCUGUACUCUGAAUUGCAGCUGGAGCAUGAUACAGUCAGGAGACAAGAAAACAAGCAAAAAUGCCCAAGUCAAGCAGGGUACUGACAUCAAGUAGUCAUCCUGUACUCAUAAUCCUUUGGGGAGGAUGAAAUAAAAUCUCCUUGAGUGCAUCUUAGUUUAAAACUUAGCUCUAACUCUACUGACAAUACAUAAUAUAAAUAAGGAUGAAUUAAAUUGGUGUCUCAAAGAAGGCUGGCAACCAGCUCUCAGGCUAAAAACAGUCACAAAUACAAGCAGCUCAACAUCCCAACAUGGAGCAAAUGGCUGCAGUGCUGUACAGCAGCCCAUGUCCCCCCACUCACUGCUGUGGGGGCAGUAGUUCUGUUGGUGGCCAGCCUGGCAUGGUGCACCCACUGAUGCAUUCUUGGGAUAAUCUUUCUGUUCAAAAAUUAAAUGUGAAAAAAACCCAAAACCCAAACUGUUUCCCCAUGUACAGGCUGAUUACUGUGUAGGAAUUGAGAACUACUGUAUUACCUUGUUCUUGAUCCCAUCGACAUUACAAGACAUAGCUGGUGGCAUCCAGGAGAUAACCCCUUAUGCCCACCAGCAGAUGUUGGAAAAUCAGGCUCCCAAGACUGAGGAGAAAUCCCAGUUCAGUCUGGAUGUUCACGCUGGGCAGGUUGGUCGCAACAAGAAAGUGUCCUCAUGGCAGUUUCAGGAACUAAACAAUCUUUAAAAAGGGAAAUAGCAAAAUUUGUUUUCACUGGUGCUGUAGCUACAGGGUUGAGUUUGGGGAAGAGGUAGUACAAUGAGGCAAUUUUCAUCUCCCUGACAUUUUGGAGCCUUUGCACUGAAUUAAAAGAGGUCUCUUCCCCCAUGUAUGCCUUCCUGAAUCCAAAGCUAUUGCAUUAGCCUGAGGAGUGAUCCCUUCAAGUCAUUCAUAUUGACUAGGAUUUUGGAUUUUAAAUUAUUUAAAACACAUUACUUGCAAGAUGAAAUUUAGUGGAAGUUGUUUGCAAUGAAUCCUGCCAAGUCAGUUGUCCAAAGACUGGUUAGCUUUGAGUUGCAACAGUUUUACUUACUAACUGUUCCAGACUUCUGUAUGAGCUAUGUGUUGGUUUUUUUUUCUCCCCACACUUCUUGCUUUAUUUAGCUACACCUCUCUCGUGAGGUACUGUAUCUUUAAUGUGGGUGACAAUAGGGUUAUACUAAAUGGAGUUUCUCUCUCAGCUGGGCUUUCAUUCCUCUCAGCUUAUACAAGGGUUGGACCACACUGUUGUGCAGUCCCAGUUUAACUACGUUUUAAAGGUGAACACAGCCUCACAUGCUGACAGUAAUGAUAUUCAUGACUAAGCAAACCACUCCAACCACAUUUUCCAUCUUAGGCAGGAUACUAAGAUCCAUUUUAUCCAGGGCAUAUCAUGCAUCUUGCCACAUCUAUGUAACUUAGAGUGGAUUUAUUUUGAACGUGUGCUCAUUUAGAAAUGUAUUUUAAUUAAAAUGUUUAGUGCUUUUUUCUUACACACCUACUGUGCAAUACCAUAGUGUGUUCUUUUCCUAUUUUUUCCUAAGACUUUUAAAAAAAUUCUUCAUGUUCUUUUGAGCUUAGGUGUGUUUCUGACUUGGAUCAGUUCUGGUAGUAGCAAUGCAUGUUCCUUGCCUUGAGCUAACCAGAAGCAGCAGCAGAACAUUGCACAACCAAAAAAUCUUUGCCAUUCGUGCACCCUGAUGUUCACCAGCAACCUGGUACUCCUGGGAGGUGGAGAAUGCUUCUCUCCAGAGUAUCUAAUUUGCACUUACUGUAAAGAAUUGAUAGCAACCCAGGGGAAUAGGAAUAAACCAGAGAGAAGAGCCCUCACCUGCUCCCACCAAACGCCACAGUAAUUUUGCCAUCAGCUUUCACAGGAACAGGCCAUGAAAAAUCAGAUCCAGUUUCCAGCUUGCACGGACUGGUGCUGCUCUCCCUGGAGCAGAGCACAUGGCUCACAAGCAGCUUUCUGAGAAUUUGGCUCUGGGAUUGGGGUUCAGGCCCAGUCUCUGCAAUGAGCUAUUUUAAUGUAGGAACCUGACCACUGUGAGAAAGGCUUCUUAAAGACAAUCAGCUUCUGGAAUAAAUGCUCAAUACAAAUUAUUGGAAAUUUCCAGUUCCAUUCUCCAUGUUUACAGCCUCUCUCUCAUUCCAGAUUACAUUCCAUUCUUGUGUUUGGUGGUACAGGGAAUUAAACUACUCACAGUUUGUGUGAUUGUCUUGAAACUAAGCAAUUCAAAGGUGCUGUAAUUGUCCAUAAAGCACAUUCCCAUCCAUAGAAGGAAAUGUUAACUUUUUCACUAGUUAUUUUACACAGUAUUUUUUAAUUUAUAUCAGUGUGUUUCAUAUGUGUGCAAAUGGUCCCAGCUUCUCUCAUUGUAAUAAGCUUUACAACCAUUUGGUCUUUUUCUACAGCAGCCAUAUGCAGUAUCUUGCAAUCAUGAGAAAUUUCUUAACUUGGAGCAAGAAUAAAUCUCAUCUGACAUGAUGAACUCAUUUAUGGCAGGCUCUAAUGUUUGUUGUAAACACAACCUGUUUGUUCCACCUCUUGCAUGGUUACUUAUCUGUUUUCAUAUUGCUAUGUUAUUGUUCAAAAUAUCUAUUUCUCUUUAUUUGCUAUGGGUUUUGUUACUGUAUAUGGAAUGUUUUGUAUUCAGCAUUUUCUUACAGAGCAGAGUGGGAACAGUAUUCAAGGACCCACAAAUACCAAAGACCUUUCAUGUAAUGCACUGAGAAAUAAACAUACUGUAAAUGAG